UGUAAUAGUUGCUCGACAAAGAGCAGCUCGUGUCCCCAUACACAGGCACACGCACACAUCGCAACUUCGCAUAGCCGGUGUCCCUUACCCCUUACGCGGCUGUUCGCCAAACUUGAUUUCAAUUGCCGGUUUGUUGCAGUUACUGCCCCAUGAGGCGAGCUCCUCGAAACCGGGCGAGGAGCGCGCGCCGAUCGACUGGACCCAAUCAGCCCCGCUAAUAAGAGGACAAAGACGCCAUAAUGAUGCCGCUCCUGACGAUUUUGCUUGUACUGGGCCUCGUGGGGGAUGCUGCCAGGGGACACGUCGCCCUCACCUUUCCGCGCGCUCGCAUCUACGACCUCGACUUCCUCGAUAAUGCGAGGACGCCCGGACCGUGCGGCAUGCCCAAAGGUGACAUCAAGACCUCGUUACUGUCUGGAAGUAGCUUCAACGUGACGUGGCACUUGGCGUAUCCGCAUAGGGGAGGAUUCAGAUUGCAGAUUUUGGACGCCCUGGACAGGCCUCUAGUCGACCUUACCCCAGUAACUAAGCAAAGCGAAUUUGUCGAGAAUGAUGUGACGGCUCAAAGCUACCUGGUGGAGUUGCCCGCGAACUUCACGUGCACGGACUGUACCGUCCGAUUACUCAGGGAAGCCGAGGAAUGGGGAACCUCUUAUAGGUUUUGGUCUUGCGCCGAUAUUGAUAUCGUCGAUAGAAAGUCAUACAGGGAGGAUUGCAGUGGUCACGGACGUUCGGUGUUGGGCCGAUGUAGGUGCGACAGGUUUUUCCAUGGUGCGAGGUGCCAGUAUCGGGAGGAAUGCCUCGAUGACUCGGACUGCGGCACCCAGGGGGUCUGUAUCGACAACGGCGGCACCACGGCUCCGACCAAGCACUGCUACUGCAACAUCGGAUGGUUCGGGCCAGGAUGCUCGAAACGCUCGGUGAUGAAGAACGUCGACCUCGACCUCGAGUCUUACACAAUGAAGCGCUUUUCCGAGGACUUUACCUUCUACUGGCGCAUCCUCAAGGACACAAACGAAUUCGAGGGCGUAGCGGUGGUGAACGGAAGUUCGUGGGUCGGGGUGGGCUGGCGGCCGAGCAGCCUCACCUCGGCCUGCAGGGCGAUCCCGGAGAUUCGCGAGCGCGGCAAGAAGGGCGGCCCCGAGCCCCUACCCCGUCCGGAGCCCAAAUCCGAGCCGGAGCCAAACGCGGAGCCGGAACAUAAGACGGAGUCGCCGGAGCCGGAGCCGGAGCCGGAGCCGGUGUCGGAGCCAGAGCCGGAGCCGGAGCCGGAAAUCAACCCGGGGACGACGCAGCUCAAAUUCGGAGGCAACAACAAGCGCUCGGCGAAGCACGACGCCGGUGUCACGCCUCGGCCCGGCAGCGACGUCACGGUCCAGACGAGCGUAACCUACCGCGUCAGCACAAAGCAAGGUCGCAGGAGGAGAUCGCCUCAGCCUGAUCCUCAACCAACCGGGGAGCCAGCCAGCGAGCCCGAACCCAACUCAGAGCCAGAACCUAAAACAGAACCAGAGCCCAAAUCUGAACCCGAAUCCAAAUUUGAGCCACAGUCUAAAAUCAUUUCCGUAAAGAAAUCCGUGCAAGAGUCUAAAUUUGAACCGAAAUCCGAGCCCGAGCCAAAAUCUGUACCCGAGCCACAAUCCAAACCAGAGCCGAAUUCCGAGCCCGAGCCGAAAACCGAACCCGAGCCGAAAACCGAACCCGAGCCAGAUUCCGAGCCAGAACCCAACUCUGAGCCCGAACCAAAAUCCGAACCCGAACCUUCGUCCGAGCCUGAAUCGAAGUCCGAACCCGAGCCCUCGUCAGAGCCCGAGUCGAAAUCCGAGCCCGAGCCAAAAUCCGAACCCAAUUCGGAACCCGAACCAAACACAAAACCAGAACCCAAUUCCGUGCCUGAGCCCAAGUCCGAACCCGAGGCAAAUUCCGAACCCGAGCCAAAUGCCGAGCCCGAGCCAAAUUCCGAACCCGAACCGAAAUCCGAACCGGAACCUUCGUCCGAGCCCCAUUCGGAAGAUUCGAAACGACAGUCUAAUGCAAAAUCAGGAUCACCCAAAGUGCAUGGACUUCAUAAAUACACACCGAAACACGAUUUCAAUCCAAUGGACUGUACCGACAUCGUAAUUGGUACGGCCCGUGGUAUGAGGCAUCGGAUUGGUGAUUAUUACACGCGCGACAGAUCGACGCCGCGUCUCGACACUUUCUGGGGCGGUAAGGACAGUCUCACGGCCGCCAUGGGCUUCGAAAAGGACGGGCUCACGACGAUCCUCUUUAGACGAAAACUCACCGCUGACGAGCACUUCAGUGACCACGAGAUUAUCGAUGGAACGAUGCAGGUGAUUUGGGCUAGAGGCCAGGAGGCGGGUAAAUACGUUCACGUCCCGAGCAGUGGCAUUGAGCAGAGUAAGGCUAGUGUCAAGGACUUUUACAAGCCUGACGAGCUUAAGUAUCACGGGCACAAAUCCCAACGAGGCGUCACAGCCAUUAACUUUUUCGAGGAAAAGGGAAGAGAAGAUUUCGGCGGUGGUGUAUCAUUAGAAGGAGGAGGCUGCGGAGGUGAGUGGCAUUACCCUAGGCAUUGUGUCCCGGAAAAUAGUACUUGCGAAUACAGCAUCAAAUGGUUGUAUAAAGCACGAAAGGAUGAGAUUUCUUUCACAAUUGUAACAAAGAACAUCGACACAUGGACGGGCAUUGGAUUUUCAAAAGAUGAAAAAAUGUCACAAACGGACGCUAUCCUAGGUUGGGUAGACAAAACAAGCGGAAGGGCAUUUUUAAUGGAUACUUGGAUUAAUGGCUACAAUUCUCCUGUUCUCGAUGCCUCGCAAGAUAUUUUCAACUUCAGUGGUCGAAUCGAGAAUGGUGAAACCACUUUGAGAUUUAGUAGGAAGAGAGCGACGAAGGACAACCGUGAUUUAUCCUUUACCGACGAUCAGUGCCUUCAUCUUAUGUUCCCUGUCAAGGGUGGCACCUUCAAUCCCGUAAAUAAGAAAAUUCGCAAACACGAAACUGUGCCAAUUGUUUCCGCACAGAAGGUCUGCAUAAAGUCCUGCGGAAUAGAUGAAGAGGACGAAGACGCGACUACUCCAUCACCACCAAGACUAUUUUACGACGUUGAAGUCAGACUGGUAAAUCUUGGCGAUGGCUAUAAAGCUCCAUUGCCAGGAUCUCUCGACUUCCAAGACAUCUCCAAUACAAUCUCUGGAAGUUUCUCGCCGACUCUCGAAAAAGUUCCCGGAUUCCACCAACUCAAUCUGAGCGAACUCCGAAAGAACGGUAAUGAUGGCAUUAUUGCGAAACUCAAGUUGGCAAUGGAUAAGAACGAGAUAAAAGGACGUGCUUUGAGGCCUGCGGAUACAGCGGCUAUGGCCGAGGCUGCGCUAGUUGAAGCCCUCGGAACUGGAAAAGUUGGAGCUCUUAGCGUGGAUCCGCAUUAUCUCGUCGUUCACUCCCAUCAACUGAACGACUUUGAGGAGAACGACCUUGAUAAGCAAGGGAGCGAAAAUUCGCUAAUGGCAGGACUUUUAUUAGGCCCAACAAAACUCUACAUUGUUAUCGCGUGUCUUGCUGCACUGCUGGCGCUCGCAUUACUCCAGGCUAGCUGCACCCUCUACAAGGCCUCGAAAAAACGAACGACAAAGGAUCGCUUAAUCGCCAAGAACGCCUGGAGAGACUAUUCAUCCAGUGCGAACACUAACUUUGCCUUCGAGGCCUUUGAGACCGAGGAGAAAUCACCUCCGCCCCCAGUUUCCAGUCUCUCGAGACCACGAGAAAUGAUGAUGAGUAAUGGGCAUUCCGCGGACAAUCACAAUCAUCAGUCUCCUCAUCAUAAUCUGCCCGGGCCCAGGGCUACUUACAGUUUGCCACGAGCACCCGGGCCAAGGCAAUCCUCCGGCAUCUCUCCGAAUUCGGGCCCGACGCAAGGAUACUACACCCAGGACCGGCGGAAUAUACCGAGAUACAGCAAUAAAGGGUCCGGCGGCCAUCACACUGGGACUCUACAGCCCCAACCGGACUUCUACUUCAUGCCAAGUCAACGAAAGUACAGCGGUGAAGUCGUGCGCGUAUACGUCGAUUACGGAAAUCAGAAAUCUAAAUAAAAACUGUCUUUUUGUAUUGUUUUGUUUUGAUUUUUUUUUUGUUUUUUUUUUGUUUUUUUUUUUGUUUUUUUUUUUUUUGUUUUCACGCGACGAUGAAUACAUGUGCUCUCGAUAUUCGACUCGAAUUAUAAAAAGGUAAUUGCGCGACUAUAUGCCGAGGAGAGAUUCAUAUGGAUCAUUUAAUUUGUAUUGUUAUAAAACGUAAAGCAGUUUUGAGAUUCGCGUAAUAUAUUCGGAAUGGAACGGAAGGCGCGUAAUUUGCUUCAAUUCUCUUCACUCGCCGUAAAUUCUUAAGUCAUUAUAUAUUCUUAUUUAAAAUUACAAUUCUCUUUCAAACUCUUGCUUAAUCGAAUUUUGCAGUAAUAUUGUAUAUACAAUACUUAUUAUGAUUGAAAGUACGUAACGUUGAUUUAUAUCUUUAUUAAUAUGAUUGUUAAGCGAAUCGUGGUAUCAUUAUUAUAUUCGUAAAAGAGCUAUCUUUCACGACUCAUUGUAAAAAUGCAGAAUCGAACUCGGUAAUUUUAUUUCUCGCUUAUAUUGUUAAAAAAUUUAGACUCGAAGUUGAAGAAGAAAAACA